GAACCUUCACUCGCAUCACACUUCACUCACAUGCUAUUUGCUUGCUUCACUAGGCACAUCUACUGAUCCCGCACCUCACUGCUCGACAACCGCCAAAAUAUACCAUUUCUCGCACACAAUCAAAAAUACUCCAACAUGAAGGGGCUUGAAUGAGAUUUCCCAAUAUUCACUCCAAAUACAUCUUCGUAUAUACUUUUUCUUCCCUUUCUUCCGUUCUUUUGCCUUUCAAGCUUCCCGCAAGUUCCAACAAUUGCCUGCAGAGUACCUAAUCCACCCCACCAAAGCAAACUACCAUAGCUGCCAGUAGUACGAAAUAGCCUUCCCGCCUUCCCGAGCACACGACAAAUCUGCCUAGUCUAAUCCUUUCUGAAGAGAGCCUCACUGUGCAUAUUUAAUCCUUAGACCUUGCCUUUCGUCUCUGUCAACAUAUUCAAAAGAAAAAUCGGGUGUUUUCAUUCAUCAAAUAAUCAUGGCCGACCAAAACCUAAAGCAAAGGAACAAGCCAACAACCAUGCCGGCGCCUGUACCGGAUUUUGGGGGAGGAACGAAGGAAAAAGCUUUGGAAGAAGGAGGCCAUCCGUCUGGUGAGGUCAAGCAUGGAUCGGUCGCUCAAAUUGGCAGACUGUUAAGUUUUGCGACUUAUUUCUGGGCUUGUUGUUCUACGAUUCAAGCUACGCAACUUAUCGGCGUACCUUUAUAUUGGAUAAAUCGAAAUAUUUAUUAUGCGUGGAUGGCACUGACGAAACAAUCAUUUGGACUUCUAAUCACGACAAUGACCCAAUGGUGGAGUCCAACAGUGGUUAGGAUAAGUGGCGAUGCCUCAGUAGCAGGGCAAUUGCGAAAAACCGCGGAUGGAAGAGCAGAAUGCGAUUUCCCGGAAAGAUUAAUUAUGAUUGCGAAUCAUCAGCUAUACACAGAUUGGCUUUACCUCUGGUGGGUGGCUUAUACCAAUCAACCUCAGACACAUGGUUAUAUUUAUAUUAUUGCAAAAGACUCUUUAAAAUGGGUUCCGAUUAUUGGAUGGGGAAUGCAGUUCUUUAAUUUUAUUUUCAUGUCAAGGAAAAUGGAAAAAGACCGACCAGUAAUGGCCCAUCGAUUCAAACAACUUCAAGAGAAACGCCCGGGAGCUUCGGAACUCGAUCCUAUGUGGCUCCUAUUGUUCCCCGAGGGCACAAAUGCAAGUGAUAAUCGGAGGGAGGCGAGUGCAAAAUGGGCGGCUAAAAUAGGCGUCAAGGAUAUGGAGCAUACUCUUCUUCCAAGAAGUACUGGUUCAUUUUUCUGUUUGAAUGAAUUAAAAAAGACUGUGGAUUAUGUAUAUGAUUGUACAAUGGCCUAUGAAGGCGUUCCGAGAGGAAAGUUCGGCCAGGAUUACUUUACUUUGACCUCUUCAUAUAUUGAGGGGCGACCACCAAAAUCUGUAAAUCUUUUCUGGCGUCGAUUCAAAAUUGCUGAUAUACCUCUGGAUAAUGCUGAAAAAUUCGAAGUAUGGUUACGAGAGAGAUGGUAUGAGAAGGAUGCUUUGAUGGAGCAAUAUAUGACUACUGGUCGAUUCCCCGCCAACGUGGCUUCAGAAAAAGGAACCGUGGAAGACUUUAUUGAAACAGAAGUUAGACCAAAACAUUGGUGGGAAGUUUUUGAUAUCUUUACUGUUUUGGCAACCACAGGAUUUAUCGCCAAUUUACUUGCCAAGGUUUGGAAUGUAGUCUUUUAUGGUAUCUCCAGGAGAUGAAGUUCACGUAUGUACCGGGUAUUUAGAGAUAGGAAAUUUUGGUCUAAAUAGGAUUUGGGGUUAUGACUAAAGGUAUGAAUGUAUAUGGAUGGACAGUAUAGCAUGGAUUAUUAAUGACUCAUGGGGUGAGUGGUGUUUUUUAAGGACAGGGUGGGCGGGAUAGGCAUUUUUCAUAUCAGAUAUUAUCAUCUCUACUUUUAUGCGAAAUACCCAGAUGGAUGAAUGGAUUAGUAGGUUAGGUUACGCUAGGCUGUGAAUAUAAGAGGGAGGGAUGGAUGGAUGGGUGAAUUAUUCAUAGUCUUACAAACAGCGAGAAUAUAUCUCUUAAGAUUUGAUUUAAUGGAUAUACUCUUUAAGAGUUUCCUUUAGACUGGUUUGUGUUGGAACCGGUAUUCUUAUGUUAUACUAUUUCUGAUUUAUCUAGGAUAGGUUAGAUAUUGAUAUCUGAUAUGUUUGCUAUGUUUGCUAUGCAUGCUACUAGGUAGAUGGGUAAUUUCAAAUUUUACAAUUCAUACUUCAUACUCUACGUAUAAUAAAUAUUAUUACA